AUGUCUGCAGCCUCACCGCCCGCGUUUGCCCGUGGAGAUGGAGAAAAGGACCUCUUGCAGAUGGCCUCAGCAGUGUCGGGUCCUGCCGACAUAAGGCUGGUGAAUGGCCCCGACUCCUGCACAGGCCGGCUGGAGGUGUUUUACAAUGGCACCUGGGGGACGGUGUGCGAUGACCACUGGGACCUCAACGGAGCCCGCGUGGUCUGCCAGCAGCUGGGCUGCGGGACAGCGCUGUCGGCCGUUGGCGGGGCUCGCUACGGGCGAGGAGCGGACCCCAUCUGGCUGGACAACGUACGCUGCGCCGGGACGGAGGCCGCCCUUUCCGAGUGCCAGGCACGGCCCUGGGGAGCCCACAACUGCGGGCAUGGGGAAGACGCCAGCGUCGUGUGCUCGGGUGAGGAACACGCACCCACCAUGGCUUGCAUCAGCCGUUUGACCUAUACUAGGCUGGUGAACGGCUCAAGUUUCUGCUCCGGCAGAGUUGAAGUCUUCCACAAUGGCAAAUGGGGCACCGUGUGCGACGACAGCUGGAGCCUGACGGACGCCGAAGUGGUGUGCAGGGAGGUGGGCUGCGGCCAAGCACUGUCAGCUCUGUUCAGGGCUGCCUUCGGACAGGGGUCGGGGCCCAUCUGGCUGGACGAAGUGACCUGUGCUGGGACAGAGGCUGCCCUUUCUCUGUGCCGGGCCAGAUCCUGGGGAAGACAUAACUGCAACCACGGAGAGGAUGCUGGCGUUGAAUGCACAGAACCGACUCAGGUCCGGCUGGUGAACAGCUCCAGCCGCUGCUCAGGGCGAGUCGAGGUCCACCACAACCAGCAGUGGGGGACGGUGUGCGAUGACAGCUGGGACCUGAGCGAUGCCGAGGUGGUGUGCCGGCAGCUGGGCUGUGGGCUGGCCGUGUCAGCCCCUGGCAGGGCUUCGUUUGGGCAAGGACACGGUCCCAUCUGGCUGGAUGAUGUGAACUGCACGGGGAUGGAAGGUGCCAUCACUGAAUGCAACUUCAAGCCCUGGGGAGUCCAUAACUGCAAACACAGUGAAGAUGUGGGUGUCGUGUGCUCAGAGCCCACGGACCUACGGCUGGUGAACGGCCCGAAUCACUGCGCUGGGCGCCUCGAGGUGCUUCACGACCAGCAGUGGGGGUCUGUGUGUGACAACGGCUGGGACAUGGAGGAUGCCAAAGUGGUGUGCCGGCAGCUGGGUUGCGGCGCUCCAAUCUCUGCUCCAGGCUGGGCUAGGUUUGGCAGGGGCUAUGACCCCAUCUGGCUGGAGACAAUCAACUGUCGGGGGACAGAGGCUGCCCUUAGCGAGUGCGGAGGCCAGAUGUGGGGCACCCACAGCUGCCACCACGGGGAAGACGCCAGUGUGGUGUGCUCAGUGUCCUUCUUCGUUCCAGACCCAAUGGUACUUCGGUUGGUGGACGGCCCACACCGCUGCGCUGGAAGGGUCGAGGUGCUUCAUGAGCAGCAGUGGGGGACGGUGUGUGAUGAUGGCUGGGACCUGCGCGAUGCCGAGGUGGUGUGCUGGCAGCUGGGCUGCGGGAUGGCAGUCGCAGCCCCAGGCUCGGCUCCCUUUGGCCGGGGACGUGAUCCCAUCUGGCUGGAUGAGGUGAACUGCACAGGGACCGAGUCUGCCCUCUCCGAAUGCGGGGCCAAGCCGAAAGGAGUCCGCAAGUGCCACCACGGAGAAGAUGCUGGUGCGGUGUGCUCAGGUAGCUGCUGUUCCUCUGCUGAUGAGCUCCUGGACCCUACUGAGGUCCGGCUGGUGAACGGCUCAAGUCGCUGCUCUGGGAGAGUUGAGGUGCUGCACAACCAGCGAUGGGGAAGCGUGUGCGACGACAGCUGGGACCUGGAUGAUGCAGAAGUGGUGUGCCGGCAGCUGGGCUGUGGGACGGCCAUAGGCGCUCCACCCAGAGCUCAGUUUGGGAUGGGGCACGAGCCCAUCUGGCUGGACGAUGUGAACUGCACCGGCACCGAGGCUGCCCUCUCCAAGUGCCAGGCCAGACCGUGGGGAGAGAGUAACUGCAACCACCAAGAAGAUGCCAGCGUGGUGUGCCUGGGUAAGCCACCCCAUACCCCAUCGUGGUGCAGCUCUGGAAGGAGCAACAUUGCUCAGCUCCGGCUGGUGAAUGGCUCCAGCCACUGCUCCGGGAGGGUCGAGGUGCUUCAUAACCAGCAGUGGGGGACGGUGUGUGACAACGGCUGGGACAUGAGCGAUGCCGAGGUGGUGUGCCGGCAGAUGGGCUGCGGGGUGGCCAUGUCAGCUCCAGGCUCGGCUCAGUUUGGGCCAGGGUCCAACCACAUCUGGCUGGGUGAUGUUGAGUGCACGGGGGCAGAAGCCACCCUCUCUGAAUGCAGGUCCAGGAUGGGGGAACCCAUUAAUUGCCACCAUGGGGAAGAUGCUGGUGUGGUGUGCUCAGGGUGUCCGCCUCGUCCCGUUUCAGACCCCACGGCGUUGCGGCUGGUGAACGGCUCAAGCCUCUGUGCUGGGAGAGUUGAAGUGCUCCACAGGCAUCAGUGGGGAACCGUGUGCGAUGACAGCUGGGAUGAAGAGGACGCCGCGGUCGUGUGCCGGCAGCUGGGUUGCGGGACAGUGGUCUCGGCCCCUGGCGCGGCUUGGUUUGGGCAAGGGCACAAUGUCAUCUGGCUGGACGACGUGAACUGCACGGGGAGGGAGGACGCCCUCUCGGAGUGCCUGGCCAGGCCAUGGGGGACACACAACUGUGACCAUGGGGAAGACGCCGGUGUGGUGUGCUCAGGUAACUGGGCUCCCCUCCGCCUGUCAGAUGGCCCGCACCGCUGCGCCGGCAGGGUCGAGGUCUUCUACAAGAACCAGUGGGGAACGGUGUGCGAUGACUACUGGGACCUGGAGGAUGCUGGCGUGGUGUGCCGGCAGCUGGGCUGCGGCUUGGCGCUGUCAGCCCCCCAGGCCGGGCAUUUCAGCGCAGGGUCCGGUCCCAUCUGGCUGGACGACGUCAGCUGCACCGGGAUGGAGGUCGCCCUGUCUUACUGCAGGACGAAGGGCUGGGGAAAGAACAACUGCCACCACGGCGAAGAUGCCAGCGUGGUGUGCUCAGGUAAUGCCCCUCCUGCAGAGCUCCGCCUGGUAAACGGCUCGAACCGCUGCUCUGGAAGAGUAGAGGUGAUGCAUGACCACCAGUGGGGAACUGUGUGCGACAACAACUGGAGUUUCCCCGACGCCAACGUGGUGUGCCAGCAGCUGGGCUGCGGGACGGCGGUCUCGGCCUACGGCGCAGCUCACUUUGGCCGGGGAUCGGGCCGAAUUUGGCUGGACAACGUUCAGUGCAACGGGACCGAAGCUGCCCUGUCCGAAUGCCUGGCCGGACCUUGGGGUGCCAACAACUGCAACCAUGGAGAAGACGCCGGCGUCAUGUGCACAGGCACAGCCACCGACACACCAGCUCGUCUGCGCCUGGAGAACGGCCCCAGCCGCUGCACGGGGCGCGUGGAGGUGCUCCACCACCAUCAGUGGGGGACGGUGUGCGACAACGGCUGGAGCCUGGCCGAGGCGGCGGUGGUCUGCCGGCAGCUGGGCUGUGGGAUGGCCAUCUCGGCCCCAGGCUCGGCUCACUUCGGGCAAGGGUCCGGCCGCAUCUGGCUGGAUAACGUGAACUGUACGGGGACAGAAGCUGCCCUCUCUGAAUGCCAGACCAGGCCGUGGGGAUCCAACAGCUGUGACCACCGGGAAGAUGCCGGCGUGGUGUGCUCAGCUGAUCCACACGCGGACACUUCACGGCAGCGCCCACUGCGGCUGGUGAACGGCUCGAACAGCUGCCUGGGGAGAGUCGAGGUCUUUCACGAGCAGAAGUGGGGGACCGUGUGCGACGACACCUGGGACCUCCACGACGCUGCCGUCGUGUGCAGGCAGCUGGACUGCGGGAUGGCGCUGUCAGCACCGGGCUCGGCUCAUUUCGGGCCAGGGUCAGAUCCCAUCUGGCUGGACGGCGUUCAGUGCACAGGGACUGAGUCCGCCCUCACCGAGUGUCAACUGAGCAACUGGGGAGAGCACAACUGUGGCCACAGCGAGGAUGCUGGCGUGGUGUGCUCAGGCCCAAACCCCUUGCAGCUGCGGGUGCAGGGUGGUCCCGGUCCCUGCGCGGGGCGAGUGGAGGUGCUCUACAACGCUACCUGGCACGGGGUGUGCGGCAGCAGCUGGAGCUUGCUGGAAGCCGGGGUGGUCUGCAGGCAGCUGGGCUGCGGGCCAGCCCAGUCGGCACCCGUCGGAGCCUGGCUCAGCCGGGGGGACAGCCGUGCCUUGCUGGAGGGACUGAGCUGCCGGGGGACCGAGUCGUUGCUCCUGGAGUGCCAGCAGAGAGAGAUGGGUCUGGGGCCGUGCAGGCAGGGCUGGGCAGCCAGCGUGGUGUGCGCAGAGCAGAAAGAUCAUAUACAGUCCUGCUCAGUGCUGGCAGGCCUGCUCAGCAUGGGGGCAAUUCUCUGCGGGACCCUGUUGGUCCUGUACCUGUGGACAAGGUGUGGAAGACAGGCUGGACGCUCCCCAGGCACAGCCGCUGAGAGUCCCGGGGGGUUCCUUCGCCUGGCGGGUGGCCCCAGCCGCUGCGCCGGGCGGGUGGAGGUGCUCCACAACGGGACGUGGGGGACAGUGUGCGAUGACAGCUGGGGUUCCCCCGAGGGCCGGGUCGUGUGCCGGCAGCUGAACUGCGGGACAGUGCUGUCAGUGGCAUCAGGAGCUCGGUACGGACAAGGGACGGGACAGAUCUGGUUGGAUGAGGUCAACUGCACCGGGGAGGAAAGGAACCUGUCUGAAUGCCGAGCCAGGCCGUGGGGGGAACAUAACUGUCACCACGUGGAGGACGCCAGCGUUGAGUGCUCAGGUAGCCCGGGACCUCUCCAGCUGCUCAACGGCCCCAACCGCUGCGCCGGGAGGGUGGAGGUGCUGCACAACCACAUGUGGGGGACGGUCUGCGAUGACGGCUGGGACCUGGUGGACGCGGCAGUGGUGUGCCGGCAGCUGGGCUGCGGCACGGCACUGUUGGCCACCAGCGGGGCUCACUUCGGGAGGGGCCACGAUCCCAUCUGGUUGGACGACGUGAACUGCACAGGCACCGAGGACACCCUCUUCGACUGCCGGGCCAGCGCGUGGGGGGACAACAACUGCUUCCACGGGGAGGAUGCUGGAGUGAUAUGUUCAGGUAACUCACCUCAAGGGCCUCUCCGCCUGGCCAACGGUUCGACGCGCUGUGAAGGCAGGGUGGAGGUCACCCACGACGGCACCUGGGCAGCCCUGUGUGACGAGGGCUGGGGUCUGGCUGAGGCUCAAGUGGUGUGCAGGCAGCUGGGCUGUGGGAAGGCGCUGUCGGCACCUGGCGGGUCGCAUUUUGGGCAAGGACCCGGGCAAACGUGGCCCAACAGCGUGAGCUGCGUGGGCACGGAGACUGCCCUCUCUGCAUGCAAGGCAAAGCCCCGGGGCAACGGCACUUGUCACCAUGGGAGAGAAGCUGGCGUGGUGUGCGCAGGUAACUCAGAGGGUGACCAGGUCCGGCUGGUGAACUAUGGCAGCCGCUGCGCUGGCAGGGUUGAGAUCUUCCAUAACAAGCAGUGGGGGACUGUGUGCGAUGACAACUGGGACCUGCUGGACGCCGAGGUCGUCUGCUGGCAGCUGGACUGCGGGCGAGCACUGUCGGCCCCCGGGGCUCAGUUCGGGCGCGGGGACGGCAUCAUCUGGAUGGACGAGACGAACUGCACGGGGAUGGAGAGCAUGCUGUCCGCCUGCCGGGCCCGGCCGUGGGGCAACAAUAAUUGCUACCACGGGGAAGAUGCUGGCGUGGUUUGCUCAGGUGACUCUGAGCCGGCUCAUCUGCGGCUGGCAAACGGCUCGCACCGCUGCACUGGCAGAGUCGAGGUGCUUCACCAGGAGGAGUGGGGAGCCAUCUGCGACCAUGGCUGGGAUAAGCGGGACGCAGAGGUCGUGUGCCGGCAGCUGGGCUGCGGGACGGCACUGCCGGCAUUGGAGGGGGCAGACUUCGGCGCCGGACCCCCACGCAUCUGGCUGGACAACGUGAACUGCCAGGGGACGGAGACAGCCCUUACGAAAUGCCGGGCAAGCCCAUGGGGAGAGAGCAGCUGUAGCCAUGGAAAGCAUGCCAGUGUGGUAUGCUCAGGCUCGGCUGUUUCCAGCUUCGCCCCGGUCCGACUGGUGGAUGGCCCAGGUCACUGCGCCGGGAGGGUCGAGGUGUUUCACGAUGAGAAAUGGGGGACGGUGUGCGAUGAUAGCUGGGACUUCAUGGAUGCCAAAGUGGUGUGCCGGCAGCUGGACUGCGGGACGGUGGUAUCAGCUCCACGACGGGCUUACUUCGGUGAGGGACAGGGACCCAUCUGGCUGGACAACGUGCACUGCACGGGCACCGAGGCAGCCCUCUCUGAAUGCAGAACCAAGGGCUGGGGUGUCCAUGGAUGCGAGCAUGGAGAAGAUGCCGGCGUGGUGUGCUCAGGAUCGGGUAUUUCCGACCUCGGAAGCCUCCGCCUGGUGAACGGCUCAGAUCGAUGCUCCGGCAAAGUUGAAGUGUUUCAUGAUCAGCGCUGGGGGGGCAUUUGCACCGACGGAUGGGACCUGGCGGAAGCCCACGUGGUGUGUCAGCAGCUGGGCUGCGGGGCGGCGCACUCGGCCGCGGGGUCUACCCAGUUUGGGACAGGAGAUGGCCUGAUCUGGGUGGAUGCCGUGGAGUGCACCGGGACGGAGGGGGCCCUCUUCGAAUGCAAGGUCAAGUUCUGGGGCGUCGAGAACUGCAAGUCGAGGGAGCACGCAGGUGUCUCGUGCUCUGUGGCCGCAGAAACCCUGCGGCUGGUGAACGGCCCGCACCGCUGCGCCGGGAGGGUGGAGGUCUUUCACAGCCAGCAGUGGGGGACAGUCUGCGACGACAGCUGGGACCUGAACGACGCAGCCGUGGUGUGCCGGCAGCUGGGCUGCGGGACGGCCGUGUCAGCCCCAGGUUCAUCUGGUUUUGGGCAAGGAUCUGGCCCCAUCUGGCUAGAUGGGGUGAGUUGCCUCGGGACAGAAGCCACCCUCGCUGAAUGCUCAGUCAAGCCUUGGGGACACCAUGCAUGUAACCACGUGGAAGAUGCCAGCGUUGUGUGCUCGGGGAUUGUCAACGUUCCCAGGCUUCGCCUGGUGGGUGAUUUAAGCAAGUGCGCCGGGAGGGUCGAGGUGUUUUAUAACAACGAGUGGGGGACGGUCUGCGACGACAACUGGGACCUGAUGGACGCGGCGGUGGUCUGCCGGCAGCUGGGCUGCGGGGUGGCCCUCUCGGCCCCCAGCUUGGCUCACUUUGGGUGGGGAGCCGGACCCAUCUGGCUGGACGACGUGAGCUGCACGGGGCAGGAAACGGACUUCUUCGAGUGCCGAGCCAAGAUGUGGGGCAUCCACAACUGCCACCACGGGGAGGACGCUGGCGUGGUGUGCGCAGGCAACUCCAGCUUAGCCAACCUGCGGCUGGUGGACGGGCCACACCGUUGCGCCGGGAGGGUGGAGGUGCUCCACGCCGGGCAGUGGGGGACGAUCUGCGAUGACGGCUGGGACCUGAACGACGCGGCGGUGGUGUGCAGGCAGCUGGGCUGCGGCAGAGCUGAGGCAGCCUCUGGCCGGGCUCGCUUCGGGCAGGGGACGGGGCACAUCUGGCUGGAUGACGUGGCCUGCACCGGGAGCGAAGACAACCUCACCCAGUGCCGAGCCCGUCCCUGGGGACAGAGUAACUGCCACCAUGGAGAAGACGCCAGCGUGGUGUGCUCAGGUACUGCAAUCAACACAUCGACCGUCCGGCUCGUGGACGGCCCGCAUCGCUGCGCCGGGAGGGUGGAGGUCUUUCAUGACCAGCAAUGGGGGACGGUCUGCGACAACGGCUGGGACCUGAGCGAUGCGGCGGUGGUCUGCCGGCAGCUGGGCUGCGGGACGGCCCUCUCGGCCCUGGCAGGGGCUUCCUUUGGGAGGGGGCUGGAUCCCAUCUGGCUGGACAGGGUCGCCUGCUUUGGUGGCGAGAGCACCCUCACGGUGUGUCGGGCCAGGCCUUGGGGAAUCAAUAGCUGCACCCACGAAGAGGAUGCCGGCGUGGUCUGCUCAGGUGAUGCGCAUUCCUGGGGGGUCCGCCUGGCAGAAGGACCGAACCGCUGCGGCGGGAGGGUGGAGGUGCUCCACGCCGGGCAGUGGGGGACAAUCUGCGACGACAGCUGGGACCUGAACGACGCGGCGGUGGUGUGCAGGCAGCUGGGCUGCGGCAAGGCCAUAGCAGCCCCCGGCCGGGCUCGCUUCGGGCAGGGGACGGGGCACAUCUGGCUGGAUGACGUGAGCUGCACCGGGAGCGAGGACAACCUCGCCAAGUGCCGAGCCCGUCCCUGGGGACAGAGUAACUGCCACCACGGAGAAGAUGCUGGCGUGGUGUGCUCAGAUGCCAACGUCACGGAGGGGACGCAGGUCCGCUUGGUCAAUGGCCCAAACCGUUGUGCCGGCAGAGUGGAGGUGCUUCACGAACAGCAGUGGGGGACCAUCUGCGACGACAGCUGGGAUUUGAAGGACGCCAAGGUGGUCUGCCGGGAGCUGGGCUGCGGGACAGCCGUGUCGGCCCCAGGCCAAGCUCACUUCGGGCGAGGGUUGGACCCCAUCUGGCUGGAUGACGUGGAGUGCACCGGCAUGGAGACCACCCUCUCCCAGUGCAGCCUUAGGAGCUGGGGACUCCAUAACUGCAACCACGACGAAGACGUGGGAGUCGUGUGCUCAGGUGCUUCGCCAUCCUGCUCGGUGCUGAUAGCACUGCUGGCCCUGGUGAUGCUGCUGAGCGGGGUCCUGCUGUGGCUCAACCUGAAGAGGAGGUGCAUGGCAGCAACCCAGGCUGGAGCCCGCUGGCACCCUGGGGACCAGAGUGCUUCAGCCACGUCCUUCCAGCCUGUGGGGGCCAUCUACCUCCCUGCCAAGGCAGAAGCCCCUGAGGACGCCGACACCGAGAUGACGCAGCUCAUGAAGGAAGACGCUGCCCCAUGA